ACAUACCGGACGCCUCUAAUGUGUUGAGUGUCUGUGUGAAGUGAUAUACUUAGUGAUGGGGGACCAACUAGUGACCGCCUGCCUGGGAAGCUAACAACUUGAGUAACAUUUGCUGCAUCGCACCAAAGGCAUUGUAGUAACAAUGAUCAAUUUGAGUUGGAAUUUGAAAGCGAACGGUUCAACGCAAUAGAGUCAAAGGAAACGGGUGAACAACAAAUAGUUCUAAACAAUAACAAAAACAAAAAAGAUUUGUUAGCAAAGUGAACAUUGUGUUGUUGUGGUGUUUAUGUGUAAACACCCUGGAAAAGGGAAAUGGUGGAAAAACUAAAAAGCCCUGAUCGAAAGAUCAACUCAACUGAGAAUAAAACACAGAAUGAAUCAACUGCCCUAACCGAUCAAAAUAUGGAAUUGCAUUUCGUGCGUCACAAACUGGAAGCAUUCCAGACAAACGUUUUGCGUGAUGUACAAAAACGUAUGUCCGGCAUGAUAGACGAGGUCAUGGAACAACUGCGCCAACAAGAGUUGCAGGCUCACGAAUUUCGAAAUUUUGCCAAACCACAGACACAGCAUAAAUCAAACACCUGGAGUAAUCGUUUGCGCUUAAAAUCAACAUCGUCAUCAUCAAAGACUGACGCAGGCAAAACAUCUCCAAACAGUGGGCAGACAACAGAUCGUAAAACAUGCAAUGAAGAAGACCAUGUAAAGAAUGCGGAUGCUAGCACUAGCGACGAAACCCAAAAAUCGCAAGCAUCGAGAAAAUCGGAACAUGAAGCAAACAAUGUGGCGAAAGAUAUUUCAAAGCGAGGUCGUCUACGCACACUUCCCGAUAAAAUCUUUAUUACCCGCGAAUCCUAUUUGACUGCCCUUUUGGAAGUGGAUCACAUGAAGACUAUAUACCAUAUAUUCUAUAUAAUAUUUUUGAUCUUUUUGUUGAACAACAUAACACAUGAUUAUUUUGUCAAUGGAAGUGUAACAUUUGGUUUGGGAACAUUCAAGAAGGGCUUUGGAAAAAUAGAUAACGUAUUCGGUAUAUGGAUGCUCCAAAUGACGUUUGUGUUCAGUAUAUAUGUUGCCAUUCAGAUAUGGGCCCAUGUUCGUUCGAAACUUCGUAAGCAAGAAACCCUUCAGAGCGUAUGGUCCUACUCAUGCCUUCUGUUGUACAUCACCAGUCAAGUAAUAUUCACCUAUUUGCCUCCAAAAAUCUGUUUAAGCCUAGAUCUGCCCUAUGUUUCGGCUUGUGUGCUGCUGCUGGAAAGUAUUCGAAUGUUAAUGAAGAUGCAUGGGUUUGUGAGAACUGUCAGUGGCAGGGUAGUACAAGGCAAGGUAAAAACAGAUUCCGAUACUAGAUCCGAAGCUGCAGUACCGCCAUUCCAAAAGUAUUUGUAUUAUUUGUUUGCUCCUACCCUACUGUACCGUGAUAAUUACCCUCGCACAGCGGUUAUACGUUGGAAAUUUGCUGCUUCCCGUCUACUGGAGGUAGUAGCUGUGGCCUUUCUCUAUAGCUACAUACAUGAACGCCAUAUACGAGUACAUUUUGCCAACAUGGGAAGAGAAGAACUUAAUGCUGGCUCCAUGAUCGUCAAAUUAUUCGGCAUGCUUAUGCCCUGCAUAAUCAUAUAUCUAUGUGGCUUCUAUUUGAUACUUCACUCUUGGCUAAACUUUACCGCAGAGCUUUUAAGAUUCGGUGAUCGCAUGUUCUAUAAGGACUGGUGGACGGCCAGCAAUUAUGAGACAUAUUAUCGCAACUGGAAUGUUGUGGUGCAUGACUGGCUGUAUGAGUACAUCUAUAAGGACUUCUACUUGCAUGUCUUCAAGGGCUCCAAGCUGGCCUCAUCCUUGACAGUAUUCACCAUAUCGGCUUUGUUUCAUGAAUAUGUGCUGGGCUAUGCUUUGCAAGUCUUCUUUCCUGUAAUGUUUGUAUUCUUUGGCGUCAUUGGGGUCUUGAUGAUCUUUAUAACACGUUUUGCACCUAAAAAUUUGGGAAACAUAAUGCUGUGGUUUACCCUAAUCUAUGGCAACUGCCUGAUGAUUUCCCUAUAUAGCAUGGAAUACUUUGCAAGUAAAAACUGUCCUAAAGAUUCCUAUGAAAGUUGGACGGAUUAUCUGGUACCUCAUUUAUGGUCAUGCCAUAUGAAGUAGUACUCGAACAAAUAACGAAGAGGGAUUUUUUAUACAAUAUAUUUUUCUAUAUUUCUUCCCCCAAUCAAUUUGUGAUAAAAACAAAACUUUAUCAUGAAAGUAUGAUCAAAGUUGGACCUUAUUGUAUUCUAGAUUAAGUGAGUUUUAUAUGAAUUGAAUU